AUUAAAGGCAGCUGUGGCGACCCAACCUCAAUUAAAUACAGUGACACAAAAUGUUUCAAACUUAUUGACCAUUACCUAACCUGGAAUCAGGCGUUGGAAGAAUGUAGAAAUAUGGCCGGUCAAGGUUGCCGCUUGGCCACUAUAAAUUCCGCAUCUGAGCAAGAUUUUAUAAGCAACCUUCUUUUCAAUUCAUCCUCCGUCGUCAACAAUGUUUGGAUUGGGGCAACAAGAAACACUGAGGCUGGUCGCCCCGAAGAAUUUAUAUGGGUUGAUGGUAAAAUCGUGUCCACCUAUGCAAACUGGGUACCUGGCUCCCCAUCCGCGACGAUUGGUCGGAAUUGUGUCCAACUACAAUCCGGUUGGACCAUGGCGGCUGAUACGCCAGGAUUGUGGAAAGAUGUAAAUUGUGAAGCGGGAAACUGGGCGGUUUGCGAAUCUUUUCAAGUUUGGAGUCCUUAUGAGACACAAUUGGCAAUAAUUGAGUUGAGAAGAGCGCUCAAUGAACUAAGGGACAACCCGGUUCCCGUCGGAUACAUUUAUGUCCAACUACCCAACCAGCCCGCGCCAACAGCUACAUGGCCACAAGUCGGGUGGGGGGAUGUUACGGCAACUUAUGCCGGUCUAUUUUUCCGGGCGGAAGGAAGCGGGUCUGCUGCAUUUGGAAAAAAUCAAGGUGACGCGACUAGACAGCUUGCCGCAGUCGAGUACACACGAUACAAUUGGGAUGACCGAAAACCGCAUUACUUAGAACUUCCUCAGACCGGAUGGAGUCCAUGGUGGCGAUCUGGGUAUGACGAUACUUUAAAUGAUGGAUUUUAUUUGUAUCAAUCGGCCCGAUUUCUGCAUAGUAAUGUAGAAGUGCGCCCAAAAAAUACCGCGGUUCGUAUUUGGCGACGCGUGGCGUGAAAUCGGUUCACACAAGUAUUACAGAAACAUGUAUAUCACAAAAUGUGCCGAAUUUCUGAAUAAAUGCGAAUUAUCGUGAAAUUGUUGCAUGUACAUAUUUGCAUUAUAAAUAAAUUCUAAAAAGAUAAUAUAAUCUUA